AGCAGAUCUACUCACAAAAGUCCACCCAGCAGAAGCAGGAGGAUGGUGGUUGUGGGUCCUCUGUGCGCAGCCCUGUUAACCUUUAAACCAGCACGGCUGCCGCAGCUGUGAGCCUAGCACCUGAUCAGUGGAGAGCUGUGGAUUGCAUGUUUGUUUGCCAUUGCCCCCGCCACCCUGCAGUUUGCACCUUCUAGAACCAGCAAGCCAAGCGCCUCUCACCCAGCAUAAUGAUGCGGAAAUGCAAAUGCACCAUCAUGUUGUGACCCAUAUUGCGAAAAUUAGAAAAAAGGAAGUUGUGUUUCGCUAUUGCACGAAGUUCAGCCCGGAGGAGAAACUCGCUCACCUUCAGAAGACAGUACCUCCUAAAUGGCUCUACUUUGAACCUGCUGGGCAAGGAAGAGAUUUUCAAGGAAACCAUCUACCGUGUGUGAGCCCCUGCCAGCCAACCCCAGACCCCAGCACGGAGCCAGGCGCCUGUGCCCGCCGACCCUCAGCACCCUCCUCGGAAAGGCUGGUGGCAUCAGGAAGCCCCUGGCCAGCCUCCACCUGAGCCCAGUGAGCUCAGCUUUAAGGAUGGAGUCAGGCGGGGGGUCCUCAACCCCUCCAGGACCCAUUGCUGCCCUAGGGAUGCCAGACAGUGGGCCUGGCAGUUCCUCCCUAGGGAAGCUUCAGGCGCUCCCUGUCGGGCCCAGAGCCCACUGUGGGGACCCUGGCAGCCUGGCUGCAGCAGGGGACGGCUCUCUAGACACAGGCUCCACGGGAGAGCUGAGUGGUAGCUUAAAGAUCCCCAACCGGGACAGCGGGAUCGACAGUCCAUCCUCCAGUGUGGCUGGAGAGAACUUCCCCUGUGAGGAGGGCUUGGAGGCUGGCCCAAGCCCCACUGUACUGGGGGCGCACCCAGAGAUGGCCCUGGACAGCCAGGUCCCGAAGGUCACCCCCCAGGAGGAGGCGGACAGCGAUGUGGGUGAGGAACCUGACUCUGAGAACACCCCCCAGAAGGCUGACAAGGAUGCCGGCCUGGCCCAGCACUCUGGCCCCCAGAAGCUUCUCCACAUUGCCCAGGAGCUCCUGCACACCGAGGAGACCUAUGUGAAGCGGCUGCACCUGCUGGACCAGGUUUUCUGCACCAGGCUGACGGAUGUGGGGAUCCCUCCAGAAGUCAUCAUGGGCAUAUUCUCUAACAUCUCUUCCAUCCACCGCUUCCACGGGCAGUUCCUGCUGCCGGAGCUGAAGACGCGGAUCACGGAGGAGUGGGACACAAACCCACGGCUCGGGGACAUCCUGCAGAAGCUGGCCCCAUUCCUGAAGAUGUACGGCGAGUACGUCAAGAACUUUGACCGAGCCGUAGGGCUGGUGAGCACGUGGACCCAGCGCUCCCCACUGUUUAAAGACGUCGUCCACAGCAUCCAGAAGCAGGAGGUAUGCGGGAACCUGACGCUGCAGCACCACAUGCUGGAGCCCGUGCAGAGGGUCCCCCGGUACGAGCUGCUGCUCAAGGACUAUCUGAAGAGGCUCCCGCAGGACGCCCCAGACCAGAAGGAUGCGGAGAGGUCCUUGGAGCUCAUCUCCACAGCCGCCAACCACUCCAAUGCCGCUAUUCGGAAAGUGGAGAAAAUGCACAAGCUCUUGGAGGUGUACGAGCAGCUGGGUGGGGAAGAAGACAUUGUCAACCCAGCCAAUGAGCUGAUCAAGGAGGGCCAAAUCCAGAAGCUGUCAGCCAAGAACGGCACCCCCCAGGACCGCCACCUCUUCCUGUUCAACAGCAUGAUCCUUUACUGCGUGCCCAAGCUGCGGCUCAUGGGCCAGAAGUUCAGCGUCCGGGAGAAGAUGGACAUCUCAGGCCUCCAGGUGCAGGAUAUCGUCAAGCCAAACACAGCACAUACAUUCAUCAUAACGGGAAGAAAAAGGUCCCUGGAGCUGCAGACGCGGACAGAGGAAGAGAAGAAAGAAUGGAUUCAGAUCAUCCAGGCCACCAUCGAGAAGCACAAACAGAACAGCGAGACCUUCAAGGCUUUCGGUGGCGCCUUCAGCCAGGAUGAGGACCCCAGCCUCUCUCCAGACAUGCCUAUCACGAGCACCAGCCCUGUGGAGCCUGUGGUGACCACCGAAGGCGGUUCGGGUGCAGCAGGGCUCGAGCCCAGAAAACUAUCCUCUAAGACCAGACGUGACAAGGAGAAGCAGAGCUGUAAGAGCUGUGGUGAGACCUUCAACUCCAUCACCAAGAGGAGGCAUCACUGCAAGCUGUGCGGGGUGGUCAUCUGCGGGAAGUGCUCCGAGUUCAAGGCCGAGAACAGCCGGCAGAGCCGUGUCUGCAGAGAGUGUUUCCUGACACAGCCAGUGGCCCCCGAGAGCCCCAGCCCCGAGGCUCCGGCCAAGCCCAGGCAGAGCACAGAGAAGACACCCACUGCAGACCCCCAGCCCAGCCUGCUCUGCGGCCCCCUGCGGCUGUCAGAGAGCGGUGAGACCUGGAGUGAGGUGUGGGCCGCUAUCCCCAUGUCAGAUCCCCAGGUGCUGCACCUGCAGGGAGGCAGCCAGGACGGCUGGCUGCCCCGCACCAUCCCUCUCCCCAGCUGCAAACUGAGUGUGCCGGACCCUGAGGAGAGGCUGGACUCGGGGCAUGUGUGGAAGCUGCAGUGGGCCAAGCAGUCCUGGUACCUGAGCGCCUCCUCCGCAGAGCUGCAGCAGCGGUGGCUGGAAACCCUAAGCACUGCUGCCCGUGGGGACACAGCCCAGGACAGCCCGGGGGCCCUGCAGCCUCAGGUCCCUAUGGGCGCAGCUGCUCCGUGAGCUGAGUCUUCCACUGCCCUACACACCACACCACAUUGGACCUGUGCUGUCCUGGGAGGUGGUGUCGGAGGCCCCAUGAAGAGCGCCCUGGACUGCUAAGGGUGGGCCAGCAGCCCAGAGUUCAGGACACUUGGCUUUGGAGGGAAGGAAACUGAGGCCCAGAGAGGGGCAACCACUGGCCAAGGGUCACCCAGCAAGUCUUGGCUAAGAGCCUGGCCUCCAGCCCCAGCAGUGUGGCCCAGAGCAGGGGCCGACUGCCAAAGUAACCAUCAUCCAUAUGGGCCGUGUAGUGAUGCUGGCCCGGAAGGCAGAAGGAGGCAGCAUGGGCACUGCCAGGGACAGCCACAUCCUGCUGGUCUGCAGUGUGGUCCACCCUGCCUCUGCCCAGCCUGUCUACACCGUGUGAGCUGAAUCGUGACUCGCUUCCCACCUCCUUUCUCUGUCCUCUUCUGAGGUUCUGCCUGCAGCCCCCAGGAGGUGGGCCUUGCCCCAUCCUAGCUGGACUCAUGGUUCCUAAAUAACUGCGCUCAGAAGCUCUGCUAGGACUUACCCCAGCCACUGAGUGGCAGGCGCAUGAGAUUUGUGGCUGUUCCUGAUGCUAGUGGCACACAGUGCUUAUCUGCAUAAAUAAACACUGACCACCAGC